CAGCAAGGCUGGGUUUCAAACAGGCAGAACCAGAUUCCCCAAGCAAAAAGUAAUCAAUUUGCCUGUCUGCAGUUGCAGAAGUCAGGUUCUCUCUCACACCACCGCUCCUGAAGAUGAGCCCUUGGACAACUAUAUAAGAACUAGAAGUGGAAGGCAUGCAGAAAAAUACUUAAUGGAAUGCCACUCAAGACACAUUACUUAGGCAAAUAUUCAAAACAAUGUUUUUCAGAAUAUACUGAAGCUUAGCCUCAGGAGUUCCUCUGUAAAGGAUAAAACAGAAAGCCAGCAGCACAGGAUUAGAAGGUGACCAUCAUAUUUGGACCAGCUAAUUAAAUGAAGGUGCUGAUUUCCAGUGUUAUUCUUGUUGGAAAUAAACAAACCCAGUGAAACAAGAAAAAAAGAGAUACUGGAUUUAACUCCCUGUGUUGCAAGAGGGGAAAAAAAACUGGAAGAAAAACCCCGAACACAAAAACCAUGAGAGACCGCCUCCAAGAGCUUAAACUGAGAGCUAAGGAACUACAGAUAGCUGGAGAAAACAAUGGUGCAACUGUACAAGAAGAGCAGGAGGAGUUUGAACAGCAGGCCAUUAUUUAUGAAAAAGAGCCCAUAACUGAAAGGCACUUGCAUGAAAUCCAGAAGCUUCAGAAUGAAAUUAACAAUUUGGUGGAAGAAGUUCAUAAAUUCAGUCAACAACAAAAAAGCCUAGUAUCUUCAAUGAGAAGAUUCAGUGUUCUUAAAAAGGAAUCUAACAUAGCAAGAGAAAUAAAAAUUCAAGCAGAGCACAUACGAAAAUGUUUGGAUGAACUGUCAAAAACAGUGAAAAAAGCUGAAAAUGAACAUGGGCCAUCACGUGCCACAGUAAGAAUUCUAGCUUCCCAGUACUCUUUCUUAUCCCAGCGUUACCUAAAUGCUAUGCUCUCAUACAACGAUGCUAUAACUGCUAAGCAAGAGAAAUGCAGAAGAUUUAUAGUCCGUCAGCUUGAAGUAGCUGGUAAAGAGGUAUCUGAGGAAGAAGUCAAUGACAUGCUCCAACAAGGAAAAUGGGAGAUUUUCAAUGAAAAUCUGCUCACUGAAGUCAAAAUUACCAAAGCUCAGCUUUCGGAGAUUGAACAGAGACACAAAGAACUAGUCAAUCUGGAGAGCCAGAUCAAAGACUUAAAGGAACUUUUCAUCCAGAUAUCAGUUCUGGUGGAGGAGCAAGGGAAGAUGAUCAACAACAUUGAAAUCAGUAUGAACAACACUCAAGAAUAUACUCAAGUAUCUAAAGAAAAAUUUGGGCUUGCAGUCAAGUACCGAAAAAGAAACCCUUGCAAAGUAAUAUGCUGCUGGUGUUGUCCAUGCUGCAAAUGACAAAAGAAAUAAACUGUUUGAAAUACCAAUGGUUCCUAUUUAGUAAACUGAUCUUGUGAAGCAGUCUUAGGAUGCCUCUACUGCUUCAUUUUUCUUCCCACUUCCUCUUUCACAGAGCUCUCAGGAAAAACUGCAUCUGUUUUUCCAGCGUUAGAAGACUACAAAGAAUUUUAUCAUUUUCACAGAAACACAUGAAUGAAGGGAAGGAUCAAAGGACAGAAGUGACACUUUUUUUUUCUUCUACACAAACUAAAACAAUGUGGCAACAAACUACCCAUGCUUUUGGGAAGCAUUGACAAUAUUGCUAACCUGAAAGACAGGAUUCAUAAGAACGGUUUAGUUACCUUUCAUAAAAUAAUAAUUAGUAUUUUUAAUUGCCUUGUGGUUUUUUAGCACUCUUAUUUACUUAGUUCAAUUUCUAAAGUUUUUUUUCCAGGAAUCUGAAAUUCUACCAAAAAAAAAUCUACACAUAAAGCAGACACCGUUAGUAACAAUCCAGAAUGUGAUGCCUAAAUCAAACAAAAGUCAGAAAAAUCGGAAGUGUUUCAAUACUGCCUCCAGAGGAAAAGUUACUUACAGGCUUAUUUACCUGCUUAACACCAUUAAAUAAUACUCAUGUUAUAGUAGGACAGUGUGCACUGUCUUAUGGGAUGCAAAACAGACAUUGGGUUAUUUAUUUUAAUAACACUGUGCUAUAUUUCUUACAAAUAGGUGUUGAGCUGGUAUUUUCUGAACACAUUAAAGAUCACUAGUAGCAGAAGACCACAUCACCAAACCUACAGGGACAUUUGUUAGCAGCCAGCUGAGAAGGCAGCCUUCAUUAAUAAACUGACAUAGAGAUAUUUACAUUAUUCAACUACAUAGGCAGACCCCUACCAGGUAAGGAUGGGGAAUAUGAUACUUUAUUACACAGUGAUAAGGCACGUUCUUACUGCUGCCUAGCCUAUCUAAAUAUGCAGUUGCCUCUGCAGUCUCACUUUCGCUAGUACAAAAAUCAAGGAAAAAAAAUUAAAAAAAUAGAACUCCAUCCUUACAAAAAUAAACAUAAUCUAGAACCAGAGAAUUAUUUAGGUUGAAAGGAACUUCUGUGGGACAUCCAGACCAACCUCUUACGCAAACUCUUACUCAGAUCAAGACAGGAAUUUCCCUGGUUGCAGUUCUUGUCCACCACUUUUCCUGCCACCAUGCCUCUGCGAAGACCAUUGUUCUGUUUUCUUCACACCUUACUGGUAGGCAGUGGGAAGAUCUCUCCCUUAGUUUCUUCAUCUGAAGUCCAAACUAACACAGUUCUCUGACCUUCCUCAUGUGUCACAUGCUCCAAUACCCAAGCAGCGUGGACUCACUAUAGUAUAAUCAAUGUUUGUCUUCACAGUCUUCUUGUAGUGGGAAGUCCAGAACCAGACAGGGUAUAGGACAUGCAUUUAUUCGUACUACUACAGAAGCAUCCAGAAGAACUAGUUGAGGGUUUCCAGAACUCUAAAUGGUUCCAUGAAAUUCUGCUAAUUGUAAAAUCCUAGGAUCCUCAUCAUGUAGUUAUGCAAGACAGAUGCCUAUAGUAGUGAAUAUGAAUACCUCCCCUAAGUACCUAAAACAGAGCAGCUAGCCAUUGACUCAACCUGUCUCUGAAGAUAACUUAGAAGUUCUUUAUGAAAGAGCUGAAUUAGCAAGACAGGAAAUAUACCAUUGCUUUAUUUUGCAGCAGCAGUUAUCCCUGCAGGGAACAGAAGCAAGCAGAUACCAAGUGCUUUUGCUUUUCAUAGCCCCAAAGGCUGGCUUCUGCCCUGUACCUGACCCCUUUCAGAACUACAUGAGAAAUAGUGCUCUAAUGCAUUUUAACAGAAAAUAAAAAUACAACUAAGAAGUUAUUUCCAAAAAGAAAAGAAAAAAUGCCAAAACCAAACAUCAAACCAGGAACAUAUUUCUGAACUCCAUUAUGCUUUAGAAAGACACAAUAUAUACCACUGUAUCUGGAUACAGUCAGAGAAGUCGGAGCAAUUUGCACUGCAAUUCUACAACACAUUAAGCAAGCUAGAUGUCUUUGAUUUUUUUUCCACUAGAUGAAAUUAAUAUACUAUCAAAAGGGACUACAGAAUUAUUUUCACAUUGCGUUAUUUAUGAAUAGUUGGAUUCUUUCCAUCCCAGCUUAAAACUGCAACUAUUAAAUUAAUUAUUUCAACAAUUAGUUGAAAUUAGUUGGAAUUAACUAUUAUCAAAGUACAAUCAGAGGUCUGAACUUUAAAGUGAAAAAGAUUGUUUACACUGUAGCAACAAAAAAAUGAAAUUAAUGAUACCACUGAUACUAUUCCAUAAAUAAUGUCCCUUCACUCUUGCAUACAUGGAAGCUACCUUUACAUUACAAGGGCAGAGUAGGAACUAGCCAAUAAACAACACAGAGAAAAAAGUUGCUAUGGCCAACAUGCUCUUUCAUAUAUAUAUGUAUGUAUAUAAUACACACAGAAAUAUGCACUACACAGAAACACCACCCCAUCAUCUUUUCCUGUUUUUACUUUUAGAAAAAAACAAAGGCACAUAACAGGUAGCCUUCUCUCCUGGGCCCAUAAAAAGAAAGGCAUUAUGGUACUUCUGUGAAAGAUUAUUGCAGCCAGCAUUGACAGGAAAGAAAACUAGAAUAAAACAAACACCACAUAUUUACACAGCAUCCCCCAUGAAGGGGUGUUCACACAAGCAUCCUUAUCUGAGAGAGAAAUGUGUUCCUGGGCUAGCCCUUCCUCUUCACAAAACAGAUAUGUUUCUUUGAAGUAAACAUGGUCUUGUUAAACAAGAGCUGUACUUUAAAUCGUGGAAGAAAACCCCAGUUGCACUAAUACUCAGGAAGACAGCUGCCUAUCCAUAUACAAGUAAAUAAUUCAAGUAGUUUUCAGCUGUAUAUUGGUUAGAAAAUGGCAAAACAGAAACACACAUAAUACACUGCAGAAGAACUGAGAAGAGAAAAAAAUCAGAAAGACUUGUGGAAAGCUUUUUCUUAAUAUGAGAUGCUAUUUACUGAAAGUAAUUAGUAUUAACUACAACUUACAUUGACAUCAUGAGAAUUCGAUAUUGAGCAUUCAAAAUGAUUAACAGCAGAAAUUCUGCAGUAGUCAUUACAAUUACUUUCCAGUGGUUUUUUAGUUACAUAGUUAUGCAGAAGAGCAAACAAAUUAAAGCAGAGCUGCUAGUGUUCUAAUAAGAAACAUGAAAUAUUAAUAGCUAUAAUCCCUCAUCACCAAAAUAACAGGUAGAAAGUUUCUACUUUCCUCUUGUAUGUCUUUAAUGUCAAAGUAAAUCACCCCCCCAAAAAAAACCCCCAAAACACAAAAAAACCACCAAAGAACCACAAAUUAAAAACACAAACACAAAAAUAACCCCAAACAAAACCAGCAUUUGUCUACAUAAUAUGAAGUCUAACUGUUCCUUUCUGAUAAAAGGAAAGACAAAAAAAAAUUCUGAGAGAAGAAAAUUUAAACUUGCAUACCUAUAUAAGUAUUGAGGAUGCUGACGGAAGAAUUGACCCAUGAACAUAAGAACUGCAAGAACUCUUACUUUCUACAACUCAACUUCCCCACGCAUAACAGACUGAUUAACUACUUAAGCACUGGAGUGUUAAAUGAGGCCUACAUGAGCAAAGCAACAUUAAUAAAGUAGUAACACUGAACAGUAAAAACAAUGCCAAAUAUAAAGUUUAAUGUCUUUAAGUAAUUUGUACUAAGAGUCAAUAACAGCCAAAACCAUCAGCACUUUAGGAAAACCGUCUUAAAAUGAUACUGUGACACCUCCCAUGCACGAUGAUAGAUAAUAAGAUGCCACAGUAGCAAUUAAAUUUGAAGCAAGUAUCAGACAGAACAAUAUCAGAACUCUUACAAACCCAUAUUACUGUCCUAUGUCUUGUACCAAUCUUAUGCUCACAUUGCACAAUUCAGCCUAUUCUCUUUCCAGGCUUUUCCCUCCACUUCUCCCUGAACAGUGCUCAGGCUUGCUACCCAUUCCUUUAUCAGGGAGGAUGAGGAGCAAGAGUUGUCUUCCCCUUUACUUUUCUUCAGUCAGCAGUGUGUCUUCUUACCCCUGGCAAAAAGCAAAGUUGCCACAUGUAUAGGCGUACUAUGGGAUAUGGCAUACCAUAAUACAAUGGAUUGGGAUGGAAGAAAGGAUGGCAAAAGGAAGAGGGGGCCAGUGACUCCAACUCUACUUUGCUCUGUAAUGAAGAUUGCAUCUCAAACUCUUUAGUAAUGGAUCCUGUUCUUCACUGUGAAAUCAGACCCAUCUACCCAUGAUAAUUCACGGCAGUAUCUUGCUAGCAGUACUCACAGUAUGAAGUUGAUUACCGACAAAAGACAUCUAAGACGAUGUGAUAUAAAUUGACAUUAAUUCCCAGUGCUUUUCAGAAAGGACUGUUGCUUGUUUUGGCAGAUGUAAAACAAAAUAGAAAACAUAUUCUGGGGAAGUGUUCUGUUAUUCAAAGAAAUAAUAGAAAUAGUAUACUUACUGGGAAAAACUUGUAUUUAAAAAAAUCCCAGAUUUUUAACUUGAAGAAAAAAAGUUACUUUUUCCAGAAUAAAACACAUACAUUUUUCAAGGACCUACUCUUUCUUCUACUGGGAAAAUUUUAAAGUAUUUGUUGUGGAUAUAAUUUUCCAUGUACUUCAUGAAAGAAUUGAGGGCCUCAUUUGCACACCUCCCUAUAUAUUAUGAUUAAUACAUGUUUACUGCACACACACAUCACAGUCUCAGCUAGACAACAUAUCCAAAAUUGUUCUCCCCCCUUCUU